AUGUCUUCUUUCUCCACUUUGAGCAAAGUGGGUUUGGAACAAUUUGCCAUCCCAAGUAAACCAGGGAGCAUCAGGAUUUGGGUGGGAAAAGAGUGGGGAAGUGGUGUUUGGGGGCCAUGGCCUGAAGUUGCUCUGUGCCAUCUACCUGGUGCUCCGCUGGGCUGGUGGGGUGUGGGGGAGGCGGCAGACAGUAGCCUCGGCCGCCUCCCCGGAAUUGGCGGAACCGGACAGGUGGGACGAGUUGGGCAGCGUUUCUUGAAGACUGAGUGGAGUCUGUGGGACCUUGUGCGAGAAGCUCCUAGUAAGAAGUAUGACCAUGCAGAUUUGCAGCUGGUCUCCAGUGAUGAUGCUAUUUAUGGCAUGGAGAGGCUGAGUGACUUGCUUCAGAUUUCAAAUAAAUCGUCAGUAAUAAUGUCUAAAGAAAAACGUCCUUCCAAAUGUGCUAAACAGACUUCAAAAAACCUGGUGCUAUCACAAGCAUUAGCUCUAUAUAACAAAAAUGAUAAAAUUCUGGAGGAACUUCAAGAUGUACAGCCAAUUACUGCAAGCAGAGGGAAAAAGACAACUUUGAGCCUUCUGAAGCUGUUAAGUGCUCAUUGUGAAACCUCAUUAGAUUUAGACACAGAGUUGAAGGAUUUAGAAAAGAUUCCAGAAACAAUGCAUGAUGAUGUUAUCUUGGCCUAUCCUACUCGACGAGUGAGUUGUGCUGUGGUAAAUAUUCCAUCACCAUGUGUCAACAAAACCAUUGGCCAGAUUGAAGAUCUGGAAAUAAAGAUAGAAGAAUGUUUUCAACAGUUUGAGCAUCUCCUUCGAGAAAGGUUUGCAAGCACAAUUAAGAUGGAAGAAAUUGACGGAUAUGUAUUUCCCAAACCUUCAGAGUUUCAUGCAACGUUCCUCAAAAAAGACAGUGGUGACUUGAAGCAGCAAACAGAGAAUGUGCUAGCAGAGGCUAUUCAUUUGAUUAGGAGCCUGGAAACUGACCGUAAAGAUGCAGAAGAGGCCUAUAAGAAACAAAAAUCAAGGAGGAAACUUAUUUUCCAGAAAAUUGACAAUUUGUCAUUUUGGAGGCUUCAAAAACUCCCUUUUGCCGUGCAGAGAGAACAUGAGACACGUUCAUCAGAGAUUACUGAUUUACAGUGGAGUCUUGAGGAGAAACUGCAUAAGUUCAGAAUGCUUCAGAAUCAAGUGACCAAGGUAGAAGACCUUAUUCAGAAGCUUAAAGAUGACAUAAACUACAUAAGACAACACAGACCCCUGCUGGAAGAAAAGCUGAAAAUUGAAACUGAUUUUGUAGACAAAAUAUAUCAGGAAAGAGCUAAGGCAAUAGCAUUAUAUGAUUCAGUUCAUGAAAAACUACAAAAGAUUGCAUUUGAAUAUAAAUUAACUUGUAAAAUGGCUAAAAGAGAAAGAGCUAAGAUGGCUAAAGAGAUAGAAUCCACUGAAGAAUCCUUAGAGCAUGUGAAGAAGGAGUUAAAGGUUGCUCAGGAUAUUAGGCAACACUAUUCUUUAGAAGAAGAACGAAUUCAGAAGCAUAUUGAUGAGGAUGAAGAGACAUUAACUACUAUGGCUGAGGAAAAAAAGGAAGAAGUAGUUAAAGUAGAGCAUUUAGUAACUCAAAUGAAAGAGUUAAAAACAGCAGUGGCUAUUCAAGCCAAGAAGAUUAAAAAGUUAGAACAGGAAUGUGAAACUGUAAUGACUGAAUAUUCUGAUACAAGAAAAUUUUGGGCAGCUGAGAUAAACAAACUACAAAAAGAACUUGAGGAAAUCCUAGAGAAAACAGAAGAUCUAAUAGAUGAGAAUAAAAAGCUUGUUGAAGAAAAUGAAGAAGCAUUGGACUCAAUCAAAGAAAGUUUGACAAAAAAAGCAGAAUAUGAUCAUGUAGUCCAGGAUUUAAUGACAGUGAAGACAAGAAGUGAUGGUAUUCUCAAAAAAUUGUUAAAAGACAUUGCACAGGUCGUCACUUCUUACAAUUCAACCAAAACAAAAACAGAUGAAUGGGAACACAGGCUAGUGGAAGAAAGGAGAAAAUUCCUGUUAAUGGAAGCAUACUUUAAAAAACUAAUCGGAGAACAAUCAGGAAUUUCAAGAAUAGUUAAGACUCGAAUGGAAGUUGUCGUGAUGGAUCAGGAAGAAGAGAAAAAAUACUUUCAAGAAAAGAAAGAUGAAGUUUUACAAGUAUUGUAUGAGAUUGAAGAACCUUUUCGUCAACUAGUAAAAGAAACCGAAACAGCUAGAACUAUACACAAUGAACAAAAUGAGGCAAUUAACAUAAUGGAACAACAGAAAGAAGAAAUUAAAAAACGGGUGGUUGAGGUAAAAACACACUUGGCUAAGGAAAAAGAUACAAUUUAUGAAGCUAUACAAGUCUCAGAGGAAAAGCGUGACUAUGCUACAAAACAAAUUGAAGUAGCCAAAAAUACAAUUUCUACCCUGACUGAUAAAAUAAAAUUUACACAAAUAGCACGUGAGUCAAAACAGCUAGAGAGUCAAGCACUGGAAA